GCUUAGCAGUGUGCUGUGCAUUCGCAUUUGGUAAUCUCUGUUAGUGAAGGGAAGAAGCAGUUAACUUGCUAAAAUGGUGCUGAAGGCUGUUUGUGUGCUGAAAGGAACUGGUGAAGUUACUGGAACCGUAUUCUUUGAGCAGGAGGGUGUCGGUGCUCCUGUGAAGCUGACAGGGGAGAUCUCUGGUCUGGAGCCUGGGGAGCACGGCUUCCACGUCCAUGCCUUCGGCGACAACACCAACGGCUGUAUCAGUGCAGGACCCCACUUCAACCCCCUUAACAAGACUCACGGAGGACCCACGGAUGAAGUCAGGCACGUGGGGGACCUUGGAAACGUAACUGCCGGAGCCGACCACAAGGCGAAUAUCAGCAUCGAGGACAGCGUUUUGACCCUCACUGGACCACACUCAAUCAUUGGCAGGACCAUGGUGAUCCAUGAGAAGGCGGAUGACCUGGGAAAAGGAGGUAACGAAGAGAGUCUGAAAACUGGCAACGCUGGCAGUCGUCUGGCGUGUGGAGUCAUUGGAAUUACCCAGUAACCCCCUCUGUGUUGUCCCACUGAACCCUGGACCGCCAAUGCCUGAAGACCAACGUAGCGCUCACCUCACGUAUCGACCACAAUACUAAAGCACUUAUUAAAGAGGUUUGACUUGCUGUCAGCUGUAUACCGGUCAGGCUUUCCAGUACCGGGUGUGUGUGAUGAAUGUUCUUGUUUGCUCUCCCGAUGUUUGUAUGGACCCAGUCACCCCUGCCCAGAAUGGAUCCCUUAUUCUGAACCGUUCUGCUGACUGGGUGAAGCUAUCCCAAUAAAUAAACAUAUUGUUACCUGUA